AUGUUCUCCGCCACUUGCACCCUGAGUCUCCUCGCACUAACGCUGCCAACAGUGUUCAUAUUCUUUAUUCUGCGCAAGCAGUCCAAGUGCAACAUCAGUCGUGGUCGGAGGCUAACCAAAGUCAGCGAUGCCUAUGCUCUCUUAAACCCUCCGCUCCCACUUGCAUGUCAGCUCCAGGCCAGAGCGAUUGCGAAUAAGCAUCUGAAGCAGACAUUCAAAAUAAAUUCUACGUUCGUCGACGAUAGUGUCGAUGUCCAUGCCGCGUUUACGAAGAAGGCUCUGAGCCUUAUUUCUGUCCGGGAGGUCCUUUGGAAUCAGAUUGCACAAGUUGCACUUGAGACCGUGCAAUCGAAUCUAUCUCAUUUGGAAUCCAAUCCCCACCACAUCCGGUUCGACACAUUUAUCCAAAGAAUCACAAUUCGUAUCAUUACAGUGUCACUCCUCCACGGUGACCCAUCCGUGAUGCAUCCCCACGAUAUCGAUACCGUCGCACGCAAUAUCAACAAGCUUUGGAUUCUUUCCAAAACCACAGUGAACAUUCCCGAUACUCUUGUGGGGGAAAUCAACGAUCAUCUUCGGCGCUGGCUCCCUACAUCACUAAAACAAGAAAAUCCACUUGAAUACCUCAUCCCCACCUACGAGACGACGUGGCGAGUUAUUGCAGCUCUAGUUGCAUACACUUACAGCGAAAAUUCAAUUCGACUUGCCCUGCAUUUAUUUCUUGAAAACCCAUCCUCAUCGCAAUUCACUCGGUUCUGUGAUGAACAUCCAAGUACCGAAAGCAUUGUAAAGGAGACAUUACGACUGCAUCCUCCCGUACGACGCAUCUCCAGAGCUGUGGUGAUAGGUUCAUCCCUGAGCCAGUUGUUCUGUCACCGCACCACUCUGGCAGCGGACAUCGAGGCGAUUCAAAGGAGCGACGUCUGGGGACCUACAAGGCAUGAAUUUAAUCCCUGGCGCCACCAAUUCUCCACAAAAGAGCAACGGAAGACGAUGCUACCGUUUGGUACAGGGCCGCUGUCAUGCAUUGCCAAAGAAUGGGCACCGCGUGCGGUGGCCAUCAUUGCUGCUACGGUGUUAGAGGAGGUUAAAGUGCAUAGGCAGUUCGUUUUGGUCAUGGGCCCUUGCAUGGGCCAACGGGAAGGUUGGGAUGGAUGGACGAUACAAUUAGGUGGCACAAAUAAUAUGUGA